CUGGGCUGGUGCCGAGUAUGCUGGCCCGGCCCAUACCCAGCUCUACUGCAGUCUGAAGUUGGCCAAGCCUGAGCAGGAUAUUGGUUUUGCACUUAGAUUGAACCGCCAAAUCUGCACAGAACGACGACGUAAAAGAAAAGUGAUUAUAUUCUCCUAUACGGUAACCUCCACAGUAAAUCAGCCUCCGGCGGCGGAAAUGGCCGGGAAAUGGGAGUGGGAGAACGCCACUGCCGGAGCCGUCGCAGGAUUCACCACUGUGGCGAUCAUGCACCCCCUUGACGUUGUUCGCACCCGCUUCCAAGUGAACGAUGGACGAAUAUCGAAUCUCCCAAGCUACAAGAACACUCCUAAUGCUCUAUUCACCAUCGCCCGUUCCGAGGGUUUGAGGGGGCUUUAUGCGGGCUUCUACCCGGCCGUUCUUGGAUCAUCCAUCUCGUGGGGACUAUUUUUCUUCUUCUAUAGCAGAGCUAAGGAAAGGUAUUCCCGUGACGAGAAGGAUAACCUGAGCCCGGGACUCCAUCUGGCAGCAGCUGGUGAGGCUGGAGCCCUGGUUUCACUUUGCACAAAUCCACUUUGGCUCCUUAAAACAAGGCUACAGCUCCAGAAUCCACUUCAUCAAACUCGUCAAUAUUCUGGUGUUUAUGAUGCCUUGAGAACCAUAUUGAAAGAGGAAGGGUGGACGGCUUUAUAUAGAGGAAUUUGGCCAAGUCUUUUCCUGCAGGUCUCUCAUGGUGCCAUACAGUUCACAGCGUAUGAGGAACUGCGUAAAGUUCUUGUUGAAUUCAAGUCUGAAGGGGCCAAAAGUAAAGGUGCUGAAGUGUUGAAUUCACUAGAUUAUACCUUUUUGGGAGCUUCUUCAAAAGUUGCUGCAAUUCUCUUUACAUACCCAAUUCAGGUCAUUCGAUCAAGAUUACAGCAAAGGCCAAAUACUGACGGAGUUCCAAGAUACGCAGAUAGCUUUCACGUGGUGAGAGAAACUGCACGGUUUGAAGGUGUUCGUGGUUUCUACAAAGGUAUUACAGCUAACUUAUUGAAGAAUGUACCUGCAUCUGCUGUGACUUUUGUUGUAUAUGAGAAUGUUCUAAAAGUGUUCAAAUUGACUAGAAGAAAAGACUGAUCUAAUUUUCAUUCAUCAAUUUUUGCUUGAAAUCUUUUGUCACUUCUACCCCUUCAUGUUUUCAUCUCUUCCCCCCCUAUAGCUCUCUCUUUUUCUGCACCAUUUUUAAGUAGUCAGCAGUAAGGUACGAUACCGUGGAAGAACAGGGUAUGAGGGGCGAUUCAGUCAUUUCUGCUGUUUCAUGUUAUUGAUAGACAUGAUAGUCCCUUGAUGUUCAAGCAUAUAUUGUAUUUUCAUGUGGUUGUGUUGAGUUUAGGCAGCUUUUCUUGCA